GGUCAGUGGUAAGGGGGCCUAGCAAGAAAGAAAGAAAAAAAUAAGAAAAUAAAAUGGCGAUCUUUGCGUGUUGUUCAUUUAGGAUCGGUGCGACUGUGAACGGAUUUUUCAAUUGAAAGCAAUCCAAAGGUCCUCGAUUUGACCAUUCUAACUAGUGCAUAUGAACCAGGUACCUCCGGGGCCAGUGUUAGUUUUUGUCCCUGAUCAUCACGGGAUCAGCCGGAAGUGGAAAUUCAACAGUAGUUCUUGUGUGUAAUUCUGUAAGUGGGAAAGUUUUUCGAGAUUUUUGCUGACGAGAGAAGGAAUUUUUCGGAUAGUGAGCGAACGAACGAACCCCAAGAGCACGAAGGAGUAAGCGCAAGCGGCCGUGGGUACGCAACGCAACAAACGGGGGGAGGGCCUUGAGAGUGCGGACGGGCUUUUUUUUGCUAGUGAAAAUAGUCGCGAUUAAAAAUCGGCACACACAAACAUUCGACAGACUGAGUGAGUGGAAAAAUUGAAUCGCGGAUUUGUGGUGCGGGUGAUUUCGGGCCGCAGGAAGUGAUUUUUUUUCGUUCUCCAGUGAUAUAUAGCUCUAACAGUGCGGCAGUCGCCGUACCGGAACUGCUCUCCGUGAUACGCCACGGGAUACGGUAGACGGUACGAACGCUCGUGUAAUAGAAGAAGUGGUGAAGUGGUGAGGCUAGUUUUCGGCUUGUUCGGAAAUUGUGAGAGGGAGAGACGGACUGAUCGAAAAGGGGGUUUUUGUUUUGGACCUUCAACUUGUAACAUUUUUUUCGGGACUUGAAAAUCAAACCUGGUCGGUUAUUGUUUGCUUGGACCUGAGUCGGCUGAAAAAUACCGAGAAAAAACAAAGGAUUUUCAUUGCGAGGAAAAGCUUGGAUGUUUCUGGCAGGCACUGCAGCUCCAGAACCCUUGCGUAUCAUCACCGUAUGAGGCAAGGAAGGCAACGCCAGCCACGAAGAAGUAGAAACACGACAGAUGUAACGAAACAGCACCAAUCAACAACCGAACGAACAGGAGCGGUGCAUUUACGUUGUUGGGCAAGUGGCGCGCGCGUAGCCAGCCAACCAACCAGGCUGCCAUCGGUACACAAUUCAUCCUAAGUUGGCUUGUUUUUCGCAUUGCUUUGCCAAUUCCUCCCAAUACAUAUUCUGCCGGGCCGACCCGAAAUCGAGAGAAAGAAAGAGGGAAAAAGAGAGAGAGAGUGGAAGAAAGAGCGAGAAAGAGCAAGUAAGCGGACAGAGUCGUGUGCGUAUUUUGCACUCGCAUUCGCCGGCGCAAUCAGGUCGGGGUAUCGUCGUCCGGCAUCAGGACCUCUCGUCACCGUGACCGUGAAUUAAUCAAAGUCGGUAAUGAGUAGUGAGUGAAAGCAAGAAAAAAAUAGUCGUUGUUUAACGCAAAAAAAUACUCAAAAAACCAACACGGGGUACGCGGUGCAAAGAAGAAAUACGGCAGUCCUUGUCCCAGAACUAACGGUAGUGUUCGGAUAGAGCAGCGUUGUGGAAAAUUUCUGAUUAGGGUAAAAUUCGUGUAAUAUUCAGGUUUGGCAUUAAAUUGUGCUCGAUCUGCUCGCCAAGUGAUUAGUGGCAAUUAGAUGUAGCGUUAAGUUUCAUGUAAUCAAUCUAAGGCAAAAUAAGUUUCUCCGAUAGUGCUUUAAGUGGUAGUGGAAAUAGAGGAAAAUAGCUUCAGUAAGGUGUUUCGCUGCGAGUAAAAGAAGAAGAAAGUGAAUAUUUGAGAUUUACAGCAAUCGAUUUGCACGAUACGUGACUAAUAUCUUGAAUGGGUCUCGCUUUUUUCUGUUUACCUAUACCGAUACACACACACAGCGAUUUAUGUUCAUAUAUUAGACACAAGUAGCAUUUCUAUUUGUGUGCGAGUGUGUGCAAGCGCUAGUGUUGUCAAGAAGGAACCAACCUCAAGCGGCGCACACAGGGGAAUCGUGAAUCGUCACACACAUUACUAUCGGAACAGCCAGGAAAAGAGCAACAGUGGAGAAACAUAAAUCCCCAGAGCGACGUCAAGAUGCGAACAGAUGCACUCGUCGACAUCAUCGAACCGACCGAACUACUACUGACAGCUGAAGCAGGGGCAACGACGUCCACCGGCAACAGCCGGCUACGGUUGUGGUCAGGAGCAGCAGUGGCAUCGCGGUGCCAGCAAAAUUGCGACCGCUCGCACUAGUAGCAGAGUGUGUAUCAGUUGUGUGUUUUCUGUUCUGCCUUUUAAUAUUUUUUUUGUGCCGCCGCCUGUCCUACCUUACACGAAACUGGGGCAGAUUUUUCUCAUCCCCCCCUGUUCGGUGGUCUCCCGUGUUCCGUACUGGUCUUGUCAUACCGUGUGUGUGUGCUAGCAGGAUAUACGGAAUUUGAGUUCAAGUGAAACGAAAAAAUAUCCGAGAAAAAUCAAACCAACUACCGGUUUCUAGUUGGUGGAAGCAGUUUAAGGUUUGAGUUCCUUUACGGCAUCGACCAGGGGCAGUGUGGAGGAAAAUAAGCAUUAAUCCCUUAUCUGUAAGGAAGAAGAAGAAGAAGAAGCAAAAAUUUCUCAACUCUUGUUAAGCUGCAGAACAAACAAUCAAACUCUUCCAGCGGAAGCCAGCCUCAGUUCUGGCCAAAGCAGACGGUAUGAUAAUCAAGGACGGAAAGACUCGCUUUCCGUUGUAAUAUAUAGUGCAAGAUGAGCAAUGAAAAGCGGUAGGAACCUGUACUCGUUCAGUUCAGUAGCAGGUGGUGGUGGUACGUUUGCCGCGUCCGGUACCGCUUCGGGAGCAGGAGCAGGAAAUAGUUUGCCAGGAUCGUCGUUAUCGUCGUCUUUGUCCUCUACGUCGCUGCAGUCGACGGGAGGCGGAGGAGGUGAUUCGGAUAUGAAAAAAUCGCAGAAACCAAGGCAUGAUGAGCAGGACAGCAGGAUGGAGCGCAGAGAACGCGAUAAGCUGGCACGAGCUGCAGUGCUACAGGCCGAACGUGAUGCGGAACCAGCAGCACCGAUAUUUGCCGCUCCGGUUAAAGUGCUUAGCCCAUCGGACAUGGACAUCCAGAUCCAGUCGAAGCUGGGCAACUUUGAAAUGGCCCGCCGACAUAUCCUGUUGGAUUCGACGGCACAUCACGUGAUCGGGAUCGCCACCAGUCCGGCCUCGUGUACGCCGCGUUCCAAUGCACCCUCGUCACAAAUGCCAAACAGCCUCACCAACACCAUUAGUCCGCUGGCCGGCAGUGCGAUAUUCAUGUCACAGUCGUCGGCCUCGGGCACGUCGACGUCCUCGCAGUACCAACGAACGCUUCCGCCAAAAACCAGUAGCAAUAGUAGCACCAAUAACAGUAGCAGUAGUAAUAGUAGCAGUAACAAUUCCAGCACCGGUGGCAGUGGCAGCGGAAGCUUCGUCAAGCCCACGGACAACCGACCGGUCUACAACGGACGUUCCUCCUCGGCUAGCGGCCGGCACUACAGCCAAACGUCGUCCGGGACCGGAGCAGGGGCGUUUUCCAAGCAUGAGGUGCAUUCGAAAGGACCAUCCACGGUGCCCACGUUGCUGAUGAACGGCCGCACGGCACCCGGUCCCGGAUCCAUUGGUGAUAAGUUACCCUCGCAAAUGCCGAACGGACGUCUACUUCCUCAGGUUUCGAACGCAAAGAUGCCUCCUAGAGUAAGUGAUUUCUCGACACCGCUCAAAACGCCCGGCGGCAACGUGGAGAAAAUCCUGAGCGAAAUCAAAACCUUUAACGUAGGGACACCGCUGACGGAGAUCGGUGCUACACCCCGGAAGGAACUGGACAGCAAGUUUAGCUUUAACAAUCCAAACAUGCCAAAACAUAAGUACGCACCGAAACCGGUGCUAAUGAAGCCUCCUUCGUUCAAGACGCCACUGGAUGCACUACCAGCUAUGCUGAAACCGAUAGGUGCUCGUGAUGAUGACGCGAACGGUUCGGACAGUGACGACGGUGCCUACAAGAAAAAGCGUAACUCCAGUGAUACGUCAUCGAACGAAAGCGGAGAUGAAUCAUCCAGUGAGGACUCUAAUAUUGGAAACAAAGCCAACAAUGGAGGUGGUGCAGGAAGUAUGCCGGGCAGUAUCGGUUCUGGUGGCUUGCCGGGGAGCACCUCUUCUGGUGGGACCAACGCACAUGGCGGUAGUGCCAGCAGUCCUCAGCGAUCGAUCUCGACCAGCGAUCGAUGGUCACUGAAAAACUUUCUUCCGCCGCAGGUGCCAAACGAAGCCAGCAAUAAUUCGCAGAUGAUUGGGUCGAGCAACUCAGGCUCGAUGGGAUCCAUUCAAAAUUUGAACAUGAACGAAAACUCUAAUUCGCCGCGAUUGCCCGGAUCCCCGCUUACAAUCAUUAAAAACGAGCCGCCACCGAUAGAAGAUGAUCAUCUUUCGAACGGAAGUAGUAAUCCCGAGGGUGUUUUUGUAAAACAGGAACCUUUUCCAAGUGAGAACAGUACAUCAUCACCGAGUGCGGGUGGAGUUCCGACCGCAACAUCCAGCUCGGCCCUGCCCGGUCUGAAUGGGGGCUUAGGUGGUGCUGGCUUGCAAGAUUUCAAUAAGUUGACUGAGAUAAAAGACGAUAUGGACCUGUCGAGCCCUGCCAAAAGUCCCGAGAAAGAUUCGAACGAUCAGGUGGAUAGCAUAGAAUCGGAUGAAGUAAGUAGUGCUUUAAGGACGGUCAAAGAACUCCAAAACAUUCAACCAUUAUCGGGAAUAUCCGAUAUUGAGGACAAUAAUAUGGAAACGGGUGCGACUGCGUUGGGCAACACGGCGAUAAGCAAUGCUGUACCAAGGGCAGGGCAGAAGGUAAAACGAAAGCGAAAGCCAACGAAAACAUUUCAAGAACGGGAACGAGAUGGGUCCAGUAGUAGUGACGACGACGGGUUCUCGAGUUCUCGGCGAAGUCGAUCGCAAUCCUUCGAGAAGGAGAAAAAAGGUCGAGGCAGACCAAAGAAGAACCCAGCUACAACGAGUGCAUCUUCCAUUGUUGGUUCUUCUAGUACCAGACAGUCGGAUGCGGAUUCAGUGGCCAGUACUAACAGCAAACGACGAUUAUCGAUUUCUUCCACUAAAACGAUAUCUUCAACACCUACUAAAAAGGAUACUUCAAACACACCCGCCAAAAAGACUGCAGCCCGAAGACGUUCCUCCAGAGCGAAUCAAAAAAUAACCAGCCGAGAAGUUCUCACCACAACUGACGAUUCAGAUUCGGAACCGGCCAGAGACAGUAACGUGGGCAACAGCGAAAUGGACGAAAAGAAGAGGCUGCCUGAAAAAUCCAAGAGUACCAAAUCGAGCCCCAUCAAGAGUGUGAACAUGUUGCCACCGAAGCCUCUAGGAGUUGAUCAGUUUACAUCGGAUAGUAAUGAUGACAUGUCAUCACCUCGAAGAACUUCAAUCAUCUCACCUCCUUUCCCACCAAUGACAACGGUUGGUCAGCCUUCAUCGGUUUCCAAAGUAGUACCGAGAAAACCAUCGACUUCCACGUCAGCUUCUAUUGAUGACGACGAUGAUGAUGACGAUGAUGAGGACAAUUUGGGCCGGUCUCUCAGUGAUUCUGGUAGUGCCAGCGAUGGAGGAGUUAAACGGGAUAAGAAAAUCAACAAAAUCAAGAGUGACAAAAACAAAAAGGACACUUUACGGAAACUAUUUUCCAUCAACAAAGAAGGUGGAGCUAAGGGAGGUAAAGGAGGUAAAGGUAAAGGUCAGGUCGUGAUAGAAGAGGUACAUCACACGAAGGCUUCGUCCAUUCAGACUACCAUCAAUACAACUCCCAACUCCAAAAUGCACCUACUUAGUGUGCCUCAAACGGACUUGUCCCGUAUUACUACACCACCUCCUGUCUCGGUCGGCGCGGAAAGUCGUGGUACCUCUGCAUCAGCAUCGUCGUCGUCGAUCGUAGAAAAAGUGCUUUUAUCACCCGCCAGAACUGCCUUACUCAACAACAUCUCCCUUAUCUGCCGCAUCGAUUUGAAUCGUCUGCUCAAGAUACCACCGCCACCGCCAGCCAAACAACAGUUGGCGAAAACGAAUGAAAGCUACAGUGCCCAGCGCAGUGCCUCCGCUCGACACAAGAGCAAAAGCCCAUACGAAAUGAAGAAGCGGCGAAACUCGAUAGCCGGCAAUUAUUUCGAAACGAGUGCCCCGCAACGGAUGAAUGACGACAAAUCUUCAUCCAAUAACUACAGACUGACCGAUGGGAUCGAUCCUAAGCUGGUGGCAAACGAUCCGGUGCUACUGGAGAAUGGACGCCACCGGAGCAAUAGCAAUGCUAGCGAACACCAAUCGCGAGAGCGUUCGCGUGAGUAUCGCGAAGAAAACGCCUCUCCACUGUUUCCACCCCAACACCAUCACCACAACAACAAUCACAAUAAUACCUCAGCUUCGUCAGUUUCAUCAGGAUCUGGUUCGGCACAAAAAUCAGCGUCCACCGCCAAACAGCAGCUGACCUACGACGAGAAGUUACCAACCAAAAGCGAAAAACUGCUGUACGGUCAUAACAGCAGCGGUGGUGCCACCAGCACUAACUAUCCGAUUAAGGAGGAUAAGUCAGCGCUAGUUUUCAGUGGCCCCGGCGGUGCAAACACCAAACCAUUCAAUAUCAAGCACGAAAAUCUUAUCAAGCAGGAAUAUCCGGAAGCUGAGGAUAGCAAAAUGUCCACCGUAGCUCUAUCGAAACUGGCAGUGGCCGCACAGCAUGUAGUGCAACCUCCCGCGCAGCAACAGCAACAACCGCAGCAGCCUCCGCCAGAGGGCGUCAGUCGGCGAAAACGCACUUCUAGUUCAAGCAGCAAUUCCUACAAGGAAAAACGACGAAAAAGGGACAAAUCUAGUACCAUUGCACAGACCGAAGCACUUGACCAAAUGCCUCCAACCAAUCACGAUCGGUUAGAAGCGGACCAACAACAACAGCUUCCUGUACCACCUGCUCCUGUCACAUGUGCCCCAAAUACCGCAAUCUCCAACACAAAACAACAGGUAGCUCCGGCUUCGACGGCCGUAGAACCAGCACUGGGCAGCUCAAUUGGGACCGGAGUUAGUACGGCUCCGGUCAAAAUGAUAUACGUAUCGUAUUUCGAGCGUUCCAACGACGACGAACUGGAAAUUCGGGACCAAAACCGGUAUCUGUCAGAAGCGAAACGACUGAAGCAUGCCGCUGACCGAGAGGGUGAUCAUCUGGCGCAAGCCAUGCUCUACCUGGAAGCGGUGCUAUUCUUUCUUCUUACCGGUGACACCAUGGAGAGGGAUCCGAUCACCGAGAAGGCCGCUUUCACCAUGUAUAAAGAUACGCUCAGUUUGAUCAAGUACAUUUCAUCGAAAUUUCGUAGUCAACAGCAGCAUCUCACGGUACAGGGUAGCAUCCAUAGCAAAGUGGCGAUAUUAAGUUUACGGUGUCAGUCGCUAAUCUAUCUGAAGCUGUACAAAAUGCGACGUCAUGACAUAAAGGAAGUGCAGAGGAUUAUCGCAGAGUACAACCAGAAACCAAACACAACCGUAUCAGCCGAUAUGGUGAAUGGCAAUACACCGUCGCCGCUGUCACCCACCUCCGUGGGAUCGCAGAGUUCCGGCUACUGCUCCGGGCAAACCGGCCAAACCAAUCCAAUCCAGUGCUCGUCGAUCAGUUCAUCCCCGUCACCGUGCUUGCUGAUGCCUGUUCAAGUGCAUAUGGCAUUUCAAAAGCAAGCGACACUUUUCAACCAUCUGCUCAACUGUCAGGACUUAUGGGAACAAGCGGACAAUCUGGUGAUUCGGGGUUAUCAUACAGAUUUUUUCAUCGAGCUGGACCACGAGAACGGACCGAUGACGUUACACAGCUCGCUAUAUAAUGUGGUCAAGUACGUACAGGCUGGCAUCCAAAAGUUGCGGAGGAUGUAAGCAUAUAGCAAUUAAUCAGUGAAUUAUGCGGGUCCAAUCCUACAAGGAAAUCGUGUGUACACCCUAGCCAACUAGCAGCAAACACAUUUACAGACAGUCUGAAUAGAUUUUUAACACCACAAACCGAUCGACCAUAAGCUAGCCUAUUACAGAACCAGCCUGAGGAAAAUGGUACCGACAAACUAUGAAAGACGUGUGGAAAUUUGGGUGCCAGCGAACAGAAAGUUCGUGAAUGAUGGUAAUUAAGAUUUCGCGACACGUGCCGACAAUGACUGACAAUAAUCCACCCAACAAAUUACAACCCGAGACUAGCUGGAUCACGUUAUCAGUGGUAGACGAUCGAACGUAGAAGGAACGGAAGAUGAGCCAACAGCCCAUAGGGCGACAAGAAGGGGAACAGCUGUGAUUUUGUAUGUGUUUAGUGAUUGAGUAUAGGUAGUAGUAGGUGAUCAGAUUCCGUACGACGCUAGUUGAUCAUUGGAGGAAAAACCGCGCUCAUCAUUUGGCGGUAUUUUAUUUUUCUUCAGUUACUGGGAAUCUAUUUUUUCUUUUCUUGUGCUUCUGUUGUCGGUGCUUCUCGGCUGUGCAUUGGUGCAACUGAAGAGUUGGUGGUGAUAUCUAGCAUAAUUUGAACCCAGGUUGUUGUUUUUUCCGGAGAGAUUUCAUGAAAUAGACGCAUUCGGUUUCGUUCAACGAUCGUCACACACGGCUUAAGUAUGGUGACGAGUCCUCAUUACAUCGAUUUAUAUUAUUUACAGAAAUAAUAGCUUAUUCACUACUUUUGUUAAACGUAUUGCAACGUACUUUGCUGAUGUAGUUAUUUCUAUUUGACAAUUUUUUAUUCGAGGUUUGAAAUUUCUUUUCUUUUUGCACAGUUAUGUUAAUAAAUCCAAAAUAAUGUUUGCUACUUUGUUAUAUGUGGUUUUAUAAAUGCUCUAGAUUUGCCCCGUUAGCAGCUGGACGCGCAACCGAGAAUCGUUCAGUGUCAAUUGAUUGACUGAACUGCAAACAGCAAAUCAGUUGGACAUUCCUAAACUACUGAACAACAUUUCAGAAAAAAAAAUCGAAUAUAUCCACGGUCCAUCCAGUGAAAAAUUAGUACCGAUGAGUACAGUAAGAAAACCGAAGGGAUGAGAUAAUUCCUCUGUGGAAUUCCAAACGUACUCAACUGUAUUCGGGUUGACUAUCUUGCGUAUGAUCAAUCGAAUGAUACUGCCACGCCCGUAAUUCUUUCAUGGCCGGACAAUCUUACCUGUACCUUGAAUAUCAUCAUAAGAAAGUGUUACAAAAUUGAUGUUCGACUCGCGGGAGGUGUCAUUCAGUAGAUGACAUCGGAGAAGUAACAGUAGUUUAUCAGUGUACCAGGUGUACCCCAAAUUAAUAUCCGUUUUCUUCCGAUAGAUGAAAUUUUACGUUACGUUAAGUGUUUUGCGUUGAAAAAGUUCUUGGAAUCAGUUUUCAUCGCUUUGUAUUGCUUCUCAUGUUCUAUCAAGGAAAAAAGUAUCCGAGCGCUUGUGGAAGUUUAUGACGAUCGUGUUCUAACACUAUCACAAUAACACGCGGUUUCUAAAAUUCUAAUAAAUGAAACCUGCUCACCCUUCAUUUUAAAAACGUGUGUGUGUAGCGUCAUCUCUACUGUUCGAUUAGGGAAAUUCGCUCUUCAGUUUUGAAUAUGGCAUCGAAGCAAGUGAAGCAAUGCGUCAAAAUUUAGCACGCGUUUUGCGAAAUUCCGAACUACUCGCAAGUUAAGUUGGGAAUUAUAUAAGCGAAAAUUGUAUGUAAAUCGGAGACGGUCGAAUUGCUGAAACUAUCCACGGCGUUCGUUAUCAACUACAAAUGAACGAUUUGAACUGAACCAUUGCGAAAAAUCGACCAAAAUCCAAAGAACGAUAGAAGUUUGCGACUCACUGGGAAGUGCUUGACCAUGCUGCUUACGGCUUACGGAUUCUUAUGAAAAUUGGCGAUAAAAAUUCUCCCAGCGGUUCAAUACCAAAGGCAAAAAAGCCUUGGUAUUACAUUCCUGUAGUGGAAUUUGACCUUCUGUUUCAACAGACUUCGCAGCCGAUUCAGAGUGUACAGAACCAUUGCAUGGCUGGUGCUACGAUUCUACUGACAGUACGAAUCAUUCCAGGUCGGGAUUCGAACAUACGACUGUUUUUUAAGACCAAAGGCAGAAAGGUGUAAAAAGCGAUGGAAAAUAUUUCGAAUGAAAUAAUUGUAACGAUUCCCUUGCAAUUAGUGUUUUUUAGUUACCGAAAAAACAGAAAUUAUUAGAAAUACACCUGGUAUUAUCGUUUAGGAAGGAAGAUUCGACCUAAAGGUGCCAACAUAUGUAUAUCUAAUUUUAUGUGUGCGAAAUAUAUGUCAAAACCGUCUAGGUGACGCAGUCUCCUGGUAGUCGGUUCAUGUCGGCGUAGUAUACGACUUUCUGAUUUUUUCAAACGAUCGCUAUGCCAUCUGACGUUAUAUCAAACGUGAGGCAAUCUUUGCCGUCUAUGGCUGAGAUGAAGGUUUUCCUCUCCUUAAAACAGAUGUAAAAUCUCUUUCCUCUUGAUCCAACAUGCAAAGGCCAAUUCCAGAAAAAUUGAAAAAUUCCAGAAAAACCACAAUCAAAUGUUUUUAAAUUUGCAGAAUAUGAGAACAAAUGUUAGUUUUUUAAAAUCGCGAAUUUAGUAUGAUAAUCUAUCCACCCUCGGCCAGAGUAGCACGUAAAGAAAAAAAUAUACAUUUUAUAUAAUAAUCUAUCGAAAUACCGGUAUUUAAGUUUCAAACACCGCUAUAUAAAGAUUAUUCGAGAAGGAAAAUAAAAAAAAAUAUAUUUAUUCAAAGUGUUGGGCAUUCCCAGCUACAUAAAAAGAAAUCUACAUCGAAGUAAAAAACUAAUAAUCAGAAGGGGCUACAUUUGGUGAGUAAGCCGCAUGCGAUAGCACUCCCCAUCCGAAUUUCUAUAUCUACUUCAGGAUCGGUUUUCAAAGUAUGAGCCGGAGCAUUAAUUCAAUUUUUUUUAUCAGUAAAAGCAAUAAUUUAAAUUUCUGCCAUCAACGGAAUCCGUAUAGCCGAUCUUGAAUCGUCCCUUCUCGAACGUGGAUUAAUUUGAUUAAAGUUGUAUUGGCUAACCGUCAGCUUCGUUUGAAAGAAAUCGUAGGACAGCAUCUUGAGCCCAUCUACUCUCUUCUGUCUGUCUGCGGGCUUUCAUUUCUCUGUAAAGUAUGAUACACAAAAUUGAUUCAGAGAGAAGAAUAAAAACAGCGCAGCCAACUGAAAAGUCUGUAAAUUUUGAAAAAAGUCUGCGAAAAAUUCGAUUUUCAAAAUUUUGCAAAAAAUCUGCAACAACAACGUCUGCAGCACUUUAUAAGAAAUCUGCAGAUCUGGCAUUUCUGUAGAUUUCUGUAGCGUAGUGAAAUCACAAUGGGUCUGAUUUGCGUAGAAUUUCGCCUAUUUUGGUACAUUUCUAGGCAUAACUGUCGCAUCAUGAAAAAUAGCUAUAAUUCAAUUUACAAACGAAAACAUCGGCAGGUAAAAAUAAGUUGGUUCUAAGUAUAGUUUCUGACAGAAGAGGUUUUUUUUUCAUUGCACCGUUUUUCUCCAAAUAGAAAUCUUAGUUUGACUCUUUACUCGCAUUUCUCUCAGUUGUCUAUUUUGGAAUAUGGGAUAAUCGGGCGUAGAACGGAAGUAUAUUCCACAAAACUAAGCCCUUUUUUUGGCUACAUCAUUCGAAUUAUUUUAACAAGAAGAUUUAAAUUUAUGCUAUAUUGUAACUGAAACAACGUAUCCUAACAAACUUUUGUUUGGCCAAGCACAAUAGACCGAACUAACUCUAGGAAGCUACAACUGAGUAUGAACAAUUAUAGCUAAAUGAUUUGGUAAUCAUUAUCUUGUUGAAUGUCGAUACAAAAGAUCCCGGUCAGACAUAUAAAACAACACGUUUUUUAUUCCAAAAAAAAUUGUAUUGCUCCUUGAAGAGCAAUUGUUUUAAUAGCGUUCCAACGUUUCUACACCACUUUUAUACCACGAUUUCUCCUUGGUCUGGAAAUCGCUUCAAUCUUUCUCAAGCAAGCGUCUUUUUUAAUCUGAGAUCUGCAAAUUAUCGCUGGGGGCUAAAUUCGACGAAUGUGGUGGAUGCACCACAAUGGUGCAAUUCGAAUUUCAAUACAUGGACUUCAGACAGCCGUGAGAAAACGUGGAACCCAUUUUGUGAACCAAGUGCUCAUUCAACAGUGUUUUAUCAACACAUGCAAUCUUGCGAUCUCAAUUGUUACUAAUUUUUCAAAAGAAGAACCACUGCUAGUACAACAUCUAAUACAUUUUAUGAACCGAGUGUCAAGAAAUUUUGACAGAUGUAAUCUCCAAAAUGUCUCUAUUGAGCGCUAGCGGAAUUUUCAGUUAGUGACACCACCUAUCUGAUAGUCCAGGGACUUAUUGACUGACGAGUUAACUCAAGAAGUACAGUUAAUGAGCAUUCUGGUAAUUUUCUUCCUGACUAAUACCUAGCCGUUCUAGGGAAAUACUUCAUGCUUUAGUUCGUCCGGUCUCGGUCUGGCAGAGGUUUUUCUGAUAAAAGAUCUGGAGAAUGCUAUAUUUGGGAAAUUAAUUCUCUGGAAUGACUUUCUACGGAAUAGUAAGUAAAUGAUUUGUUUAAAUGAACUCGAUCGUCUUAGUACAAUAUGAAUGUAAAAAGAUGAAAAACAUUUUUGCUGAUCGGUUAACAACAAAACAAAUGAAAAUUUUCUGGUUGUCAGUAAGUUGUGAUUAAAGGUUUCAAACGAGUUAAGAAAUGCCGGAAAUGAUUUCAAUUCUUUAGUGCAGUUAGAAAGCAAGCGAACUCCACCGCUAGUUUUCUGAAAAAGAGCGAAAAUGAAGGAAAUGACCGAGAAUAAAUUUUCUAUUCUAAUAUUGAUGAAUUUGUGUGUGACAUUUGGGAAUAUGUUGAAACGCAUUGGUUAGUAUUUCUUGUUAAAAUAUCAAUUCAACAACGAACACAAUCAACUGAUACUUUUGGCGUCAGAGAUUCGAACGUGAUCAGUGAUCCUGAUUAGAACAAAAAAAAAACAUGUUCACCAUACUUCAAUCAAUCAGAAAUCGACGGAUCCCAACACAGCCUCAUUAGAAGCACCGCAUGUUUGCUGAUGGCGGUAGUACUAAACAUCAAUCACCAUGUAAAACUCCGUGCUGCAGCAUAGUAUAAUCAAGUUACUUAGUGAGGAUUACAAUUAAAUUAUUUGAAAACAAAAAUCAUCUAACAUGAAACUCACAUCAAAGAUUAGUUAAAUCUUAGUUACUCAACUAGCGACAAGUGUGCCGUCAGCCAAUGGCAGCCAACUGGACAGCCUAUUUGUUAUACGAAAUUCCUCUAUUUAAAUGCUUUUUUUAUUUUAAUUUGUUCUAGAUGUAGCUAAUUUAAAUGCUUUGUAUUAGAUGGCGAGCAGUGAACCGUGUGUGCUAGUUAGAAUGCAACAGACCAGAAUACUGAUACGACGAAAGAGCGCGCUUACCAACGUAUUCCAAGUAAAUUGUAAGCAAUGAUGAAACAAGAUGAUUGCGAACCGUUGAAAUAUCGCUUUGUCUGGUCGUGAUUUAGCGAAUGGGUAGCGAAAUUUGCUUUUUAUUAAAAUAUACCUUAAACUGAAAAGACAAGCGUAGUCUGUUCGUUUCUGUUUUCGCUAGUAGUGUAGAUUUAAUUGUUAUUUUUGUGUAGAUUCCGUUUGACAUUCAUUUUAUUUAUAUUCGUUGCUCUUUUAUUAUUAAUUUUAGUUUAGUUGAAAGGUUCUGUUUCAUGUUUCCUCUAUGUGGUGUUUCGCUGUCUUAAAACGAAUACAAAAGGUUCUUAUUAAUAAUGCAAGGCAGUCCAUGAACGGCGCAAUUCUUUAUUUGAUCUCCGCUUUGUUUGGUCGAUUGUUUCGUCAGAAAAAAACUCUUAAGUAGCGUGGGAAUCUUUUUUUCGAAUAUGUCCUACAAUUUUGAUGUGUGUUCAUGAUUGCUAAACUUUAGUUUGCUCUAGCAUUUUUAAAAAUUUAUUCACGAGAUCCUGACAGUAAAAAGAUAUCAGGAGCAUAGAGUCAAGUUUUUGAUUGAUCGCUUUUUGCAUAAAAUAUUCCACUGCUUCGGACUUAGUUUGUACACAUUUCCAGGUACCAUUGAGUAACAAAAAGUGCAAUUCUACAACGUGGGUACAUUGAAAAACAACAUCAAUUAAAACUCGUUUUGCGGCAGUCAUGAUUACGAAAAAAAGAUAUGCAUUCGAUUCCCUAUAGUUACAAUGAAGUAUAGCAACCAAACAUAGUACAUAAUACUCUUUAAGAGCAAUCUUCCGCAAUCGACUCUGACCGAAAACAAGCGUGUGAUGUGGUAAUUUUCUAGGAAAGACAUAGAAUCAAGUAAACGCUAAAACAGUUAGUGACCAAACGGGACUAUAAAUCAAUCAAACUUUUUACGGCGAUUUAACAAAUCGGAAAGGGAUUCAAAGUUUAACAACUACAGCAACAAUACAAUACCAAGUAAAUGGAAUAACAAAUGAAGAAAAUGUAAACAAUGAAAAAGAAAAGCAAACUUGCAACCAAUGUACUAUUUUAGGUUUACUAGAACAGUUAAGACAAGUCAAUAUUAUUAUACCUAUCGUAUGUGAUUUUUUUCAUCACAUCGAAUCGGAACACGAAGUCUAAAGUAAGGGAAACUAAAAUCGUCGUGUCGCGUCACAGCCCACUGGAACUAGAACAAACAGUAAUAAUUGAAGUAAAAAGUUCUAAACUAUAUAGCAAAACAAAGCAGCAACAACAACAACUUAUAAUCCUAACGACAGAGUAGAGCAGAGCAGGAAACUGUAAACAGAAUGAAUACUAUAUAAUAUUGAAUAUAUAUAUACACCGUCGAUUUUAGUGACGAUAGGGUACUCUCUUGAUAAGAAAAA